AUGACCAAAGUAUCAGGCAUACCUGACGAUGCGAAUAAUACCAAUAAAGUGUUCAACAAUGAGUGUGAAAUUAUAGUUAUAGAUGACGAUGAAGACCUACCUCCAACAACCAAAUCUGAAAUUAUAUUAUUGUCUGACAGUGAAGAUGAGGUCUCUAUUAACGUUAAAGAUGUGGAUACUAACGCGCCAUCUGAUGGAGAAUCGAAAUAUUUAAUUUCACGUAAAUCGCCUUUAACAUUUGAUUUACAAGACACACAUUCUACUGAUGAUGAAUCGAAUUCUAAGGAGACGAAAGAGAAGAAAGUGAAAGCAGUAUCUGACGUUAGGACACCUACGAGCACACCUUCAAAAAAAAGAAUAAUAUCGUCAGCAUUGGAGACUCAUUUAAUAAAUCCGAUCAAUUUUAAAACGCCUGAUUCGACACCAACGACGAUAAAGACGGUCUAUGAGUCACCCGAUGUUUCUUCGAAUAACGGAUCUUCCAAAUAUAAUAAAACAUCGGAUGCCUCCACAUCCUUUACUUAUCAGGAGCUAAGGUUCAAGGCGAACAGGUGUCAGAAUUGCGGAUCACGGGAGCAUAAUGAAAGCGUUUGCGAGAACAUUAUGUACCCCGAUAACGAUGAA